AGUUCCACCACCUAAUCACUACUUAAUACAAUAAGAGUAAAGAUGAGUACGAGUAUAAGUCAUAACUUUAUUCGUUCAUUUUCGAGUACUUCAUCGGUAGCCAGAACUGGAUAUUCGACAGUUCAUCCUGUUCAUCAUUUAGUUAAGGUGAAGAAGAAUGCAUUAAAACCAUCAUUUCAAGAAUUUUUAAUUCCUCGAGAUGAUAUACGAGCAGUUGGUUAUAAACCCAAAGAAAUUGAUCAAGAUAGAUUAAUGGAUUAUUAUCAUAAUACUUUACAAUCUGAUUUAAUGUUAAAUAUGUAUAAACAUGAUAGUAAAAAAAUAUUAGGUAGUAAAUUAAGAAGUUGGGGAAAUGAUUCACCUUUUAAAUUAUAUCGUGAAUUAAAAAAGCCAAAAGGUUCAUUAAAUCAAACAAGAGAUAUUAAUCCUAUUACAUUUAAAAAUAUUCCACAAUUAGAACUGAUUUCAAUUCAAAUUUAUAAUAAAGAUGCAUUAGAAAAUCCAUGGUUAAAUAUAUCAAGUAGAUUAUUACUUUCUCAAAUAACUAAUGUUAAAGCAAAACAAAUAUCAGCUAAAGCUAAUAUUUUACCAUGGAAAUUAAGAAGAGGUAAAGCUUGUGGAGCUAAAGUUGAAUUAACUGGAUUAGAUAUGUCUCAAUUUAUUACUACUUUAGUUGAAAUAGUUUUACCAAGAAUUAGAACUUUUCAAGGUAUUAGACUUACUUCAGGUGAUAAAAAUGGAAAUAUUACAUUAGGUUUAGAUCCUGAAGAUGUAAAACAUUUCCCAGAAGUUGAGGCUUUUCAAGAAUUAUUUCCUAAUUUGGAUGGGCUUCAUAUAACUUUAAAGACAAAUGCUAGAACUGAUGAAAGGGCUAGAACUCUUUUAAGUUCUCUUGGUUUCCCAUUCUAUAAACCUAGAAGAAACUCUUAGGUUGAUUGUAUAUAUAUAAAUAAAAAUAUUUCAUCGUACAUAGUAUAAUAGACACUUUAGUGAGAUUAAAUUCGCAGUAACCGAAAAAACAAUAAUACUGAUAAUAAUAAUAAUAAUAAUAA